CAAGAUGGCGACGCCGCCAAGCGAGCUGCUGGAGCCAGACCCUGGGACGCUGAGUCCCGCGCAGCUGGAGCAGCUGCGAGACUUCAAGAUUCAGACUCGGAUUGCUAAUGAAAAGUAUCUAAGGACCCACAAAGAAGUAGAAUUGCUCAUAAGUGGUUUUUUCAGAGAAAUGUUUUUGAAAAGACCAGACAACAUCCCGGAAUUUGCUGCAGACUAUUUCACGGAUCCAAGACUUCCCAGCAAGAUUCAUAUGCAGCUAAUUAAAGACAAAAAAGCGGCUUAAUUAGCAAAAUCAUGAUGCUCAGCUGUUGGGAGAGACCAGCCUGAAUCCAGCUUCAGGGGUCACCUGGAAGCAUGAGCCCCUUGUUGCCAUCAGGGACCUCCAGUUGAUGGCUUUCCAGGACACAAUGGAUCAGACGGACAACCUGGUCCCCAGGGCCCGAAAGGCGAAAAAGGAGCAAAUGGAAAAAGAGGAAAAAUGGAGACAGAGUCUCACUUUACCGCCUUCGGUAGAGUACCAUGAUGUCACAGGACUCACAGCAACCUCCAGCUCUUGGGCUUCCGCAAUUCUCCUGCCUCAGCCUCCCCAGCAGCUGGGACUACAGGCGCC